AUGGCUCCAACGCACGUUCAUUUGUUACUAAAUCAGCUACCGGAAUAUUUCGAUGGCUCGGUGUCGAUGGACCACAUUGACGCGAUGUUCGAUGUGGUGGAAAACGGAGAAUCUGUGUCUGAAGCUUCCAAGCCGGAUCUGUGUAACAUUCCCAUGGUGAAGCGCGCAAUACACGAUUCAGCGUUGCUUGAUUUGAUGCGCGAUAUGAUUCGAGAGGUGGAAAAUAUUCGCCGCACUGCCGGCUUAUACGAUCAGUAUGAUAAUUGGCAAUAUUUAUCGAAAAAGUUGAACAUUGAACAUUUCCUGUGCUUCAUCUACGCAAUGAUUUGUCUCGCAGAGCUGCACCCAACGAAUGUGACCCAUCGGAACCUUGCCAUUUGCUCGGCAAGAUUGUACAUCGUUUUGUUAAGCACACCGGGACAGAAGCAAACGACGGUGUUCGAUGAACUCGUUUUUGCUAAAUGUUUAGACGUGUUUAAGCUAAUCAAUCGACUGUACGACCCCGGUAAGCCGGAUGCCGGAUCUCAUGGUAGAAUGAAGUCAGCGAACGACGUCAGUCGUCUUAUGGUAGAUUACAUAUCCAUCCUGGAAGAUUUGCAACUUUUACUUCGUUGCAUGACAUUGAAGAACUGUGAAUCUUCAAAGCACAAAUUGGUAGAAUCUUUCAAGCAACUGCUUAUCUAUUGCAUAAAGCAUGCACAAAACCGCCCAGAUGCGGCACAAAUGGCGGAAAACAUAUUCACAACGCUAGCCAUGAUUUGUCUGCCAGAGCAUGACGAUCACAAUCAGUGCUCCACGACCAUUAGCAUGAUUUUGAAUAAAACAGCUAUAUUCUACACGUCGGAAUAUAAAAACGUGACUUCGGCCUUUCACGUGAAUAACGUUUUCUUGCGACUGCUCGAGCAAAACCCUGCUGAUACAUGUGGAGUGUUGUCCAAUUUCAUCAAAUCCGUGCUAACAAAUCCGCCUAAAGUGUUCUCGAGACCGGAUGACUAUGCCAUACUGCUGGAUGCAGCUGUACGGUAUGAGCUUGUUAUGUAUCGAAAAUGUAACAUUUCCAUCAUCAGCUACCUUAAACAAAUAGAGGCGCAUGCAGAUGCAAGUACUCGGACAAAUGUUGUUGAAAUGAUAUCGAAGCUGGCAAUGGUCGACUGUAGCGUCGAUUGGGAGUUAUUUAGAUCAGAGAUAUCGAAUGUUCCGCGAGAAAUCGAGUUGAUUAAAUUACUGCACAACAAGCUGCUGGAAAAGAACAACAGGAUAAAGCUGAAGGCAUUUCAAUGUUUGCUAAAAAUCCUCCAAAACGGUAACAAAACAAUGAAGCAAAUAUUUCACGAUGCGUUCUACUCCGCCAAUGCAGAUGAAGAUGAGAAAAACUACCUUCAGAUGAACGAUGUCGAAGAGCUUUUCCGAACAGCUGAGCUCGAGCUAGGCAUUUCCAGAGCAGCACUCAGCUUUGCACAUCAUCCAUCGACCUUUGCAAAUGAGGCAUCAUCAUCCAGUGGUGACAACACGAUAGCUGUUACCAAGUCUUCCACGACGAGUCAAAAGCUGACAUCCGAUGUGGCUGGGAUAGAAACGAUCGACGAGAUUUUAAAAUCGCUCCCGAACACGAUCUACGACGGGAUGCUAUCGCCCACGUUUGCGAUAAGACGCGUUGCACUGCCCUGUUUAGAGUGCAUUUUAGAACUGAACAGAAACCGUAUCGAUGAACCAAUAUUCGAUCACAUUAUUACGAAGCUGGCUAAAGAUCCAGUCAUGCUGAUGCGCCGUACCACGUUGAAUGUGCUCAACAAGCUGAUUACGCUCUAUCCAAACUAUUUACCGCUGAUCAAACUGUGGUCCAAAUGUCUGCUCUUUUUCCUCGACGAUGUUGACCAAAAGUUGAAGGAAUCGGCUAUGGAGAGCCUAAAAACGAAUGUGUUCGAUAAUAUUUGCCGGUACGAAGAUUCAUCUUCUCGCAAAGUGUUUACACCGUGGAUGAUCGUGCGCUCCAUACUGGUGAUAGGGAAAAUAAAUGUUCUCAAAUCGGCCGUUGAUUCUUGGAUACAGAAAUCUAUUUUAACGGCUAAAAACCUUAGCAUCAUAGAGUCACACAUCUUUACAGUGAACUGUAGCGAAGCUUGGAUUAUACUGUCGAUUAUAGCAAACAAAAUGAAAUCGAAAAAUCCGGAUCUGGUCAUAAAAACGAUGAACGAUAUACUGCAACAAGAUACGUACAAUUCUCCAAUAUGUCUGCAGUACAUACUAUCCGUGAUAAAAUCCUGGCUGUCUGACUUUACAAGGCCUGGUUUAAAUCAACUGUUUAAAAUCUUGACCGAUUUACUGCGCACUGGUAGUACAAACAUAUCGCUUGUAACCGACAUAUACAGUCUGUGCUGCAUGAUAAAGAAAAAAGCGGAUGGAGAAAUUGAUGAAACGUGGAUUGCAGGGAUACGUGAUAGCAGCGCGGAAUACUUGUUACACUUUCAUUCGCACUAUGAAAGUGCUUACGUGGCUAACGAACGUUACUUAAUAAGCUUGCUGGUGUACGCGGAAGCGGCAACUGACUUGAACGACAGACCUGAUAUUAACAUACUGAAUAUACUGUUAAAAUAUUUAGCUCACAUUGCUGCCGACGAAAAAUUUCUGUUAGUGCAAAGCAAUCAGACGCGUAAAAUAAACGUUACCAUAAUAGUGCUUGCAAGAUUUGGGCUUCGUGAUGGAUCGCUGGCGUCGACGGUGAUUGCGGACUUUAACAGGAUAUUAAAAUUUAAAACCAUUCAUCAAAGUAUUUUAUGUACGCUUAUAACGGCGUUUGCCGAUCUGUGCAAAAGGCACACAUCUCUCGUGGAUUCAUCGAUCUCAACCGUAAUCGGACAGCUUAGCUCCCCAUACUUGGCUGUGCGGAGUGUUGCGUUGAACAAUCUUAAUGAGCUGAUCUUGCAAGAUUAUGUCAAGAUGCGUGGCACCGUACUGUUGAACAUUCUGAAAUUGAUCAUUGACGAGGAUGACCACAUUGCCGCACAAGCGUUCUACGUUAUACAGCUAUACGUAAAUUCAAAAAAUGAGAAACUACUGAAAGUAUCCCUUCUGGAAUGUGUGUACGUGUUUAACAACUAUUUGAAAUAUGCAGAAAGCGAUAUGUUUCCGGCGUCGGAAAUUGACAAUCAAGAAUGCGAUUUGGCUGGAAGUGAUCCAAAAUCGCUCCAGAAGCGUUGUGCCAUUUAUGAUUUCUUUGUAGAUAAUAUAGACGAUAUGAGCUUGCUGAAGUUACUAAAGAAUGUGAACAAAAUCCAUCAACAACUAUCGAAAGGCCGAUACGUCGAGUGUUCCCAGGGUGUCGGUACACUCAUUGAUUUAAUCUACGUGUUUAAAUGCAUGUGUGGGGUGAGGAGCCGCGAUAAAGCCAAACUGUCCAAAGGUGCAACGAGCAAUGAAGACGAUACGAAUGCCGAUGGAAAUGAAGGACCAUCGGCAAAAAGAUCUCGACUCAAAGCCGCACAAACACAGAGCGAGUCUGAAAUGACAACGAUUGUGGAAAAAAUGAUAGCGGUAUACUACAGCUUUCAGCAGGAAGUUCGCAAAUACGUUGAAAAGCUAGAACCACAGCAAAUGGAACUGGUGGAUAAGCGGUUGGAAGAGCUGGCACUGGCUAUUGCGGGGAACUUUCGUUCGUUGGUAGAAUUUGCAAAACCAAUGAACUUUUGGCGUUCAUUGCUCAAGCUCAUCGAUAGUACAAAAGAUAGUAAGCGAAAACAAAGCAGAAAAUCGUCUGGUAAAACGAAAUCAGACGAGGAAAGUACAGGUGAAAGUGACGAGGAAGAUGAAAUUGGCGACGAUUUACUGGAUUUGGAAGAUGAUUAAGUAUUGCUACGUGCUGGUAAAUAUUGACAA